AUGUCUGUCAACCAAAAAGAAAAAAGCAACAGAAAUCGUGGUAAAAAUUUCGACAGUGGUGAAAUUCAGCUUCUGACUGAGCUAGUGGAAAAAAAUAUAGCCAUUAUAAAUAGCAAAUUCAGCAACACAUUGACGAAUGAAAAGAAGAAGGCUGUGUGGCAGAGCAUAACCGACCAAUUAAACGCUCUUGGUGUUGCUUGCAGAUCGGUUAAAGAGAUCAAAACAAAAUGGACCAACAUGCAUCAGUCUGCUAAACGUGAAUUUAGCGAUGCUAAAAUAAGCCAACGUAAGACAGGGGGUGGUCCGAUGGCAAAACCCUUGUCCGUGGUCAAUGAGAAAAUCGUGGAUUUAUUCAAGGACUCACCAUCCUUCAAUGGACUGUCAGGUUUCGAAACCCAGUCUUAUGGUGAUGGAAACAUGGAGUUAAUAGGUUCUCCUAAGACUGUGUCCCUCCUAUCUGAUUUGCUUAUACAUGUACCUCAACAUGACAAUAACGAACAAGUAUUAGAGGUUGACGUCAACCAUGUUCUCGUCACCAAGGACUCGGACGCAUCAUGUACUUCGCAGAAGACUGCAUUAGAACUUGAAACGAAAGAGCCAGCGUCUACAUCCCAAAGACCAAGCACUUCGGAAAGAGCAAGCGCUUGUACUACACAUCGCAAGAAGAUCAAGCCAGAGGAUGUGACUCGCAUGCAGUACGAGGUCUUGGUAAAGCAGAAGAACAAACUUGACGAACAAACUCUGUAUUAUAAACUAAUGAACAAGAAACUUAAAAUGGAAUUGAAUUUGACAAAUGAGGAUUGA